CCAAACCACCCCCCCUUCUCAUCAAACCUUUUCUUUUCUCUUGGUUUUCUUCUCUACAAGUAGCCUUCCUCCUUCCCUCCGCCUCCACUUUCUUAACCCUCUCUUCUUUAGCCUACUAAUACAUCUCUCUCUCUCUCUCUAUUUCUCUCUCCCUCUUCUUCCUACAAUUUCUCUCUCAAUCCACUCUCCAAGACACGGCAACAACGCACAAACUGAAUUAACUACACACCAAUAUAUAUUCCUUCCUGACGGAAUUACUCGCAUACACAGAGGAAUUGCAGUAAUCGAAGAAGUGAUUGAUUAGUCCACUGUGGUUUUCGACAUUUUUACCAGUAGUAGAGAAGUGGGAUAUUUGUGUUGGCAUUGCUGCUAAUUUCACCGACUUUCAAGCUGGCGAUCGAAAAUCAAGAAUCAAUCGUUCGUGAAAUCAAGCCCAAGAGCAGGCGAAUCAUGGGAGCUGGAGGGCCUGAUGAGGAUGACAAUCGAUGGCCGCCAUGGUUGAAGCCUCUGUUAAGGGAGCAGUUCUUUGUUCAAUGCAAAAUGCACGCUGACUCCCACAAGAGCGAAUGCAAUAUGUAUUGUUUGGAUUGUAUGAAUGGCGCUCUUUGUUCACUGUGUCUGGCCUUUCACAAGGACCACCGUGCAAUUCAGGUUUGUGCUUCUUUUGUCCAGAAUUCGGUGUUCUUGAUUCGGUCUCCCCUGUUUUUCCCAAUUUUGGUAUCUGGAUGUCUGCCAUUUUUGAUAAAAUUGCAGCUUUUUGUAUCGGUCUCUUUCAAUUCCCUCAUUCGUAUGAGAAUCAGAAACCGAAAUCUUUCCUGGUCGUUGCAGUUUUCGUUGUGUAUUCUUUGAUUGCUUUUCAAUUUCGUUACGCAUUUUACAACUGUUUGAUAGUUCACCCACCGUUGACUUUUCCCAAAUGCUAGUCAUUCUUGAAUGAAUUUGAUUAUUCUUAUGAGAAUACUACCAAUUCUAAUUUGGGUUCUGUUUUGUUUGUUGCUCAAUGUUUUUGCAGAUAAGGAGGUCCUCCUACCAUGAUGUGAUCAGGGUCAAUGAAAUUCAGAAGUAUCUGGAUAUCUCCUCUGUGCAGACCUACAUUAUCAAUAGUGCUAAGGUUGUGUUCUUGAAUGAAAGGCCUCAGCCUAGGCCUGGCAAAGGCGUUACAAACACCUGUGAAGUUUGUGAGCGCAGUCUCUUGGACUCCUUUAGGUUCUGCUCUCUGGGCUGCAAGAUUGUGGGUACGUCCAAAAACUUCAGUAAGAAGAAGCAUUCCCCAGAGAAGAAAAGGGCAAUGAUGUCAUCCCUCUCUGAUUCCGAGGACUCAUACAGCAGCAGCAGUCACGGCCGCCGGCACAAGAGCCCAAGCAGCAGCAGCCAUGGAAAAGGACCCAGUUUUACUCCCUCAACGCCGCCUCCAACAGUCAAUUACCGAUCAGCCAAGAGGAGGAAGGGAAUUCCACACCGAGCCCCAAUGGGAGUGGUAGUUGAAUACUAAUUCACUACUGGCCCCCUCUCCUGCUUAAUCCAUCAUGUCUAAAUUUUAGCUCUUUUUUAAGCCCUCUUCUCAAUCUCCACAACAACAUAAUACAGCAGUAUGGUCCUUUCUCCAAAAGCAUCAAGUGCUUUUCAGACCUCGAAAAAGGCCGAUGUUUUGGAGUGUACAUAGAAGCAGCAGCAGCAGCAGUUUUUACUAAUAGAAUGUGGUGAUGAAAUUAGGAGGUACCUUUUUAGUUUUUUUUUGGGGGGGGGGGUAAAAUGUGGUAAUGGUUAGGAGUUAUUGCACUUAGAACACAAAUAAGUUAAAAAGACUAAAGUCUCAAUAUCUAAAAAUACAGUGGUUUGAAGUAAAGGAAGUGAUUAUACAUAUUUCGGUUCUCCUUUUAGUUUCCUUUUUACCUAAGUAGUUUUGUGUAGAGAAAAGGUUGUAAAUAUUGUUUUGAGCCAGGGGUUAGAAUGGGAAGGAUGAUGUCCAAUGACCAAUGUACCCUCUUUUGAGAUGAUAGUUAUGCUGUUUAUAUAUGGUAAUGAGACCAUAAUAAUUAUUAUAGAUUUAGUAAUAUCUUGUCUCAUUUAUUUUCAUUUUCUCUAUUUUGAUAAGUCUUUGUUUAAUUUUUUCUUUUUUAUAAAGUUUUUAAAUAUUGUUUUAGUGUUGGCUUCUUGUUAUUUUGGGAAAGUUCUUUGGACGGUCGAGGUGAAACUUCAAGGGGGCCCGGGGGAGCCCACAGGUGGUCGCCUCGUGGGAAUGGUGAAUGGGGAAAGGCGGUAUCAAUCUCAUUACGUGUCGAAAUUUGAUUGGGUGUGAUAAAAGCUAGGUGUCUUGGUUCGCGGAAUCAUGCAUUAGGUCAGCCGCCCCCCUUUCCUUUGGUGUUGUUAUAAUGCGGUUUCUUGGUGGAGGGGUUUUGUAUUGGCCGUUGGAUUGGGGGUUUUAAACGGUGGUGAUCAGUUUGGGUGCAUCUUUUCGACUGAGUGGGUUGGUUUUUCUUGUGAGCUUUCUCGUUCGUGCUUUCGUGGGUUUUUGUUUUCCUUUUCUAUUUUCAUUUUUAUUUUUAUUUUUAUUUUUCUGGGCUGAGGUUAAUGGUGAAUUGAUUUUGACAUAAUUGAAUUGGUCUAAUCUAUUAGGAUAAGAAGAGUUAAGUCGUCUUUUGGCUUUUGAUGGCUCAAUGGAGCUUUGGUUGAUUUUGCUUUGCAACUUGCUAUGUCAGUGUCAAUUGAAAACUUUACCUAUUUUUUUCUCCUAAAUAUCUUAUAUACUUUACUAUUGUUAUUUCAACCUUGUAUUUGUGGUAAGUGUACAUUAAAUAAAAAUGUUGCAUUUUGAAAUGCUGAUAAAAUUAUAAUUACGUGUAGAUUCCUAUACUACAAUUGUUGUUCUAAAUUGCUUCAUUUCCAUGGUUUUAGUAAUAUUGCAAUGUUGUAGGUUGAAUAGAAACAAAGGAUGUGAGGAUACAACCGCUUAUGUUUUGUUAUUUACUUAUUGGUUGAUAAUGUGAUUGAAAGAAACAUUUCAAAAAUCAUUCUCGAUAAUGAGCUUCAUAUACAUAGAGUGAUGCAAAAUGUAACUCUGAUUUUUGUUAUGUUUAUGAUUACUUGCACUGGUUUCAACCGUCAACGCCUAAUACAUGCCUGCCUAGGCCAUUGUUAAUGUCAAAAAACCAUAUAUGGUUAAACAAAAGAGUGGUUGGCUUGUGGGCACGUGAAACAUGCUCUAAGCAUGCUUUUUUUUUUUUUUUUUU